UCUGGCUGGUCUUCGCCUGGGUCGAGCGGAUGGACGACAAGGUUGUGCGCAGCUCGUGCAGCUCGACAGAGCCGAACUGCUACUACCGCGACCAGGGCUUUCUCGUCAAUGGCCGGGGCGAAAAGGCGGUCGACAGGUGGCGCAAUCUGGUCACGCACGAGAUCCUCCACGCCCUCGGCUUUUCGAGCCACAAGUUUCUGCAGGCCGGUGCGAUCGAUCUCAAGAAGGUCGAGGACAUUGACGGCUUUGUUGAUGAGGUCUACCACUUCACCAGCGGGACGCGCGCGUAUGCCGCCGCCAGUGACUUUUUCGGCUGUGAUGACAGCGCUUGGCAGGCCGCCGCCAGUCAGGCCGGCGUUGGCUGGGGUUUGCCGCUCAUGGGCUUCCCGAGUCUCGGGCGCAACUCGCACUGGGAGACGCGCAUCAUGCGCGACGACGUGAUGAGCUACGGCUACAAUCCGGACGCCGCCGUGUCGGCCAUCACGCUGGCGGCGAUGGAGGACCUGGGCUUCUACCUCGGCAACUACUCCUCGGUGGACUGCCUCAGCUGGGGGUACAAGCAGGGCUGCCGCUUCGUCACCUCGCGGUGCGGUGCCGUGGACCCCCAGCUCCCGCCGACCGCCUUCGUCACAACGGGAGAGGACCCCGCCCUUUCUGUUGGCACGUGCGGCGGCGAAAACUUCUGGGGCGCCGGGUACACCAACGCCGACGGCGCCUUCGUCACCACCGAUCCGAACGGCUUCAUCGACGGAAAGUGCUAUGCGGGAAACGAUCCUUGCAACAGAGCGCCCAACACGUUUGAAAACGACCGCUGCAGCCUGCAGUGCUACACCGGAACCGCCCGUGCCCGGGACGACUGCAGCUACACGCCUCCUGGCACUGUCUCUUCCCCCGGGGGUCGCGGUGUCUCUGCGAUCGCCGACAAGUGGCUGCAGUGGCUUUUGCUCGGCAUUGGCGUCGUCGCUGCGAUUCUCCUCCUCUGCUGCUGCCGGUCGCUGGUCUGCCCGCCCAAGGGCUCCGUCCCGAUCCUCGCAACCCUCUCGACCCUCCUACUGGUGUGCGGGCUCGCCCUUGCCGGCUUUGCUGCCUAUGUCCUUCUUGGCGCGUCGGGCGCCGAGUUCUUCAGCGGCCUGUUUGGCACGCCCACCCUCAUCUCUGCUGCCGCAGCCGGCGCGUUUGUCGCGUCGCUCUCCGCGCUGUCUCUGCUGGGCAUCUGCUGCCGCUCCACUUGCGCUCUGCUCCUCUCGUUUUCGCUGCAAAUCGUCGCGCUCUUUGCGGAGCUCACUGCGGCCGCCGUCCUCGCCUACUACGUGUGGUCGCUCAACGACGUGGCUUCCGACUCGCUCCAGACCGUCUCGAGCGCUGGCGAGGGGCGCUACGACGGGCGGCUGGGCGAGACGGUGCUGUCCGAGGUCGAGGGCUUCGCGUGCCGCACCUAUCAGUUGUGCUGCCGCGACCCCCGCCUCGAUCAGAUGGCCAUGGCCAACGGCACCGCUGCGGCACCCACCUGCCUCGAGGCAAUUGAGGGCGGCGCGCCCGACAUCACGACCAUCCUCGCCGACGCGUCUUCGCCCCAGUUUUGCCGCUACAUCUCCGGCUCCUCGGUGACCACGGUACCUGCCGCCGCCACUUGCGAUGCGCUUGAGUGGCUGCUUCCCGGCUUUGAGCUGCCCGAGUGCCAGCGCGACUUUUGCGCAGCCGGGGCCGACGGCUACCUCGACUUUGUCGAGGCCGUCAUUGAGUGGAUGCAGAGCAACACCAUCGCCAUCGGCGCGACCUGCGCCGUCAUUGCCAUCAUCCAGUGCAUCGCCAUGUCCAACGCGCUUAGCCUGCGUGCCAGGUUCAAGGCCGAGGCGGAGGCCAAGGCGCGGAUCGCGCGGGGG